AUGUCUUCAUUUGCUAUGCGUAGAUUCACAUCUGGUCCUUCGUUCUCGAGGGCAUUGAAGAAUCAAACUAGAUCUUUCUCAUCGACGAGACCUGCAGCUCGAAUCAUUACACAUGCGCCACUAAGAGCAAAGGAAGCUUCGCCUUUCGUGAGCAAUAAAUACCCGGUCGUUGAUCACGAAUAUGAUGCUAUUGUCAUCGGUGCUGGAGGAGCAGGUUUGAGAGCAGCAUUCGGUCUCGCCGAGGCUGGUUUCAACACUGCAUGCAUAUCAAAGCUUUUCCCAACUCGAUCACAUACCGUAGCCGCGCAAGGAGGUAUCAAUGCUGCUCUGGGUAACAUGCACGAGGACGACUGGAGAUGGCACAUGUACGAUACCGUCAAGGGUUCAGAUUGGUUGGGAGAUCAAGAUGCUAUUCAUUACAUGACAAGAGAAGCGCCUGCAUCUGUCAUUGAGUUGGAGAACUACGGUUGCCCAUUCUCAAGAACUGAUGACGGCAAGAUUUAUCAACGUGCUUUCGGUGGUCAAUCACAAAAAUUCGGAAAGGGUGGACAAGCAUACAGAUGUUGUGCAGCUGCUGACAGAACUGGACAUGCACUUCUCCACACUCUCUACGGUCAAUCCUUAAGACAUAACACCAACUACUUCAUCGAAUACUUCGCCCUCGACUUGAUCAUGGAGGAUGGAGAAUGUAAGGGUGUUAUUGCAUACAACCAAGAAGAUGGUACCCUCCACAGAUUCCGCGCACACAACACUGUCUUGGCCACUGGUGGUUACGGACGUGCCUACUUCAGUUGUACAUCCGCACACACUUGUACUGGUGAUGGAAUGGCUAUGGUUGCUCGUGCCGGAUUACCUAACCAGGAUCUUGAAUUCGUUCAAUUCCAUCCUACUGGUAUUUAUGGCGCUGGUUGCUUGAUUACUGAGGGUGCUCGUGGUGAGGGUGGAUAUCUCCUUAACUCUCAGGGUGAAAGAUUUAUGGAACGUUACGCACCAACCGCCAAGGAUUUGGCUUCCCGUGAUGUUGUUUCUAGAUCAAUGACCAUGGAAAUCAGAGAGGGACGUGGUGUUGGCCCAGAAAAAGAUCACAUCUAUCUCCAACUCAGUCAUCUUCCACCUGAUGUUCUCCACGAACGUCUCCCAGGUAUCUCUGAGACCGCAUCCAUUUUCUCUGGUGUCGAUGUUACAAAGCAACCUAUCCCAGUUCUUCCAACAGUCCAUUACAACAUGGGUGGUAUUCCAACCAAGUACACCGGUGAGGUUCUCACUGUUGAUGCUGAGGGCAAGGACAAGGUCGUACCAGGUCUUUUCGCAUGUGGUGAAGCUGCUUGUGUUUCCGUACACGGUGCCAACCGUCUCGGAGCCAACUCACUUCUUGAUUUGAUCGUUUUCGGUCGUGCUGUAUCCCACACUAUUCGCGACAACUUCGAACCAGGAAUGCCACACAAGGAGAUCAGCGCCGAUGCUGGUGCCGAAUCUAUCAGCGUUCUUGACCAAAUUAGAACUGCUGAUGGUACCAAGAGCACACACGAAGUCCGUCUCGCCAUGCAAAAGACUAUGCAGACAGAUGUCAGUGUGUUCAGAACUCAAGAGAGUUUGGAUGAGGGUGUCACGAAGAUCAAUGCUGUUGAUCAAACAUUCAAGGAUAUCAAGACCCAAGAUAGAAGUAUGAUCUGGAACUCGGAUUUGGUUGAGACUUUGGAAUUGAGAAACUUGUUGACUUGCGCUGUUCAAACCGCCGAGGCAGCUGCCGCCAGAAAGGAAUCUCGUGGAGCACAUGCUCGCGAAGAUUACCCAGAGAGAGAUGAUAAGGAAUGGAUGAAGCAUUCUUUGACCUUCCAAAAGAAGCCACAAGGAAAGACCGAUUUGACCUACAGAGCUGUUGUAGGCCACACCUUGGAUGAGAAUGAGUGCAAGGCUGUCCCACCUUUCAAGCGUGUAUACUAA